AUGCAACAACAACCUCAAAAAUCAAGCCUAGAGGUGACAUUAGAGAGCUUUAAAACUGCAACAAACAGUGCCAUCCAACAUCAAAAUAGCUCUAUCCAACAGUUGCAGGCUCAGGGUAAACUUAUGGAGAAUCAGAUAAGCCAAUUGGCCAACCAAUUUAGCCAAGCCCUAAAGACUCCAGGAACCUUCCCAGGCCAGACUGAACAAUCUCAAAAAGGCCAAAUGAAUGUCGUCGCCCUGAGGAGUGGAAAGCAGUUGGAAGAUCCUCCUACCAAUGAGCCAUCAAGAGAGGUCAUUGAAGAAGUGAGUGCAAGUGAGAAGGAAGUAGAGGAUGCUAGGGUCGAGGAAGCAUCAAAGGAAGCACCACCAAAGCCACCCGCUCCAUAUAUGCCUAAGGUUCCUUUUUCUCAAAGAUUAGCACAAGCUAAACUUGAGAAAAAGUUCAGUAAGUUCCUCGAUGUUCUUAAAAAGCUUCAUAUUAAUAUUCCAUUCCUAGAUGCCAUAUCUAAGAUGCCUUCUUAUGCAAAAUUUUUAAAAGAUAUGCUAUCUAACAAGAGGAAAUUAGAAGAGAAUACUACAGUUGCUUUGAAUGCAGAGUGCAGUGCUAUUUUGCAGACCACUCUCCCUAAGAAAUUAGGAGAUCCAGGUAGCUAUUCAAUUCAAGUGAAGCUUGGAGAUAUUGAGAUCAACAGGGCACUAUGUGAUCUAGGUGCAAGUGUGAGCCUCAUGCCACUGUCUAUAUGCAAGAAGCUGCAGAUGGGUGAACUUAAACCCACACGCAUAUCUCUGCAACUUGCAGACAGGUCAGUGAAGUUUCCUUUGGGUGUACUUGAGGAUGUACCCCUCGGAGUAGGUAAGUUUUUCAUUCCAUGUGAUUUUGUUGUGAUGGAGAUGGAUGAGGAUGUGAAUGUUCCUAUCAUACUAGGUAGACCUUUCUUAGCUACUGCAGGUGCAAUUAUAGACAUGAAGAAAGGUAAGAUUACUUUUGAAGUAGGUGAUGAGAAAUUGGAAUACUCACUUUUGAAUGAUAUGGGUGUUCCUUCUAUGGGAGACACUGUUUGUCAGGUUGAUGUGCUCGAUGAGCUGCAGAAUGAGCAACUUCCCUUGAAUCAGAAUGACGAUGCUCUUGAACAAGUGCUAUUAGGGAAGGAAGAUGAUAAUGGAGAUUGGCAGUCUAAGGAGUAUACCAGGUUACUUGAUGAAGCAAAGGUCGAUCCAAAUCAGAACUCGAUCAGAGAGACAUUGGAAGUAAUGAGUAUUGGGGAGAGUUCUAAGCCUCCCGAGGUAGAGUUGAAACCCCUCCCCUCUAACUUAAAAUAUGCAUAUCUUGGUCCAAAUAAUUCAUAUCCUGUUAUUGUCAAUGCUGAACUCAAGGACACAGAGUUGGAGCAAUUGCUCAAUGUUGUGAAAACAUAUAAAAGUGUCAUUGGGUACACCAUUGAUGAUAUCAAGGGCAUUAAUCCUUCUUUCUGUAUGCGUAAGAUCAUUCUUGAAAACGAUCAUGCCUCUUCUGUAGAACCUCAAAGAAGACUUAAUCCUAAUAUGAUGGGGCAGUUAAAAAAGUGGUUCUGA